UCGUCGCCUCAUUUCUUCCCUUUCCGCAACACCAUCGCAACCUAUCUUCACCAUGGCUCGACGACCAGCUCGCUGCUAUCGCUACUGCAAGAAUAAGCCCUACCCCAAAAGCAGAUUUAAUCGCGGUGUUCCCGACCCAAAGAUUCGAAUUUUCGACCUGGGACGAAAGCGUGCCAAUGUCGACGAAUUCCCACUUUGCGUGCACAUGGUUUCCAAUGAGUACGAACAACUGAGCUCUGAAGCCCUCGAAGCCGCCCGUAUCUGCGCCAACAAGUAUCUUGUCAAGAUUGCCGGCAAAGAAGGUUUCCACAUGCGAGUUCGAGCCCACCCAUACCACGUCGUCCGAAUCAACAAGAUGUUGUCUUGCGCCGGCGCCGAUAGACUGCAAACUGGAAUGAGAGGUGCUUGGGGCAAGCCUCAAGGAACCGUUGCUCGUGUCAACAUUGGUCAAAUUCUUCUGUCGGUCCGAACUCGCGACUCUCACCGUGCUACUGCGAUUGAGGCUCUACGCCGAUCCAUGUACAAGUUCCCUGGCCGCCAAAAGAUCAUUGUCAGCAAGAACUGGGGUUUCACACCACUCAGACGCGAGGAGUACAUCAAGCUGAAGCAGGAGGGUCGUCUGCUCCAAGACGGAGCCUACGUUCAAUUCCACCGCAGCAGAGGCAACAUCGAGGACAACAUGAAGCGAUUCCCUGGUGCUUACGAAGUCGCUAGCGAGGCAUAGAUUUGCGCUGUUACAGGCGAAACGGCGUGACGAGGCAUGAUGUAUCUCUAGGUCACACGACUGAAAACAGCUAGCAUCUGGAGAUGAUGGUGGUAGAUGCCAGUCCUAGGAGUCUGCAUUGAUUUUUCCAAAAUGAAAAAUACGAGUUUCACUCCAAUCCAAAGAGUGCUGUUCAGCCCAAGUCCACGGUUACCAUGAGGCAGUAUAUUGAUUUCUGGUCAUUUUCCAGACCAAGUUCCCCAUGAGUACUCCCUAAGGAAUACGUGGAAUGGAAAUGAACUCAACUAUCGUCCUUGACCAGGCUAGAUAAGGUCAUUGUGUCGGAUGUUGAGUCUGAACGAUAUCAUGCCACAAUAGCCAUGUCAGAGUAAAGAAGGUAAUAUCGAACCGGUGUUAGCAAGCAGCUGUGCCUACCAUUACAAAGCUUCAAUG